CGCAAGGGUUUGAUUAGAUGUAUUCAGAGAGAAAAAGUUGCCGAACUAGCUGUCAGGGCCCCUGUCCUUUAUGUGCUGCACGAAAUUCCUUGCUAGAGCCGCCUACUAGUGUGUACAUUCUCGCUCUCUGCUCUCCUGUCUUUGCAACACUGCUGUAUUUGCCGUUGUGCUCUCACACACAAGCCGAUUGAGUGCUCAUUGACGACAUACUGGCAUCCGAACAACAUCAUGUCCGAGAAAAAAGAGCCGGAGUCCCCACCUGUGGAGUCUGUGAACUCGAGCGAACAAGAUCUCCCAACUGUCAGAGGCCAGGUCCCGCACAAAGUAUGGCUCGUCCAAGGCCUGUAUUUCUUGGAAAGAGCGGCAUUCUAUGGUCUCAGCCAGCCCCUCCAGAAUUACCUCCAGCUUCAACCGGACGACCCCCAUCGCCCAGGAGCUCUUGGCCUAGGACAGGCAAGAGCAGUGUUAAUCGUAUAUAUCUGGUUCAUAUACAGCUACAGCACACCUCUUGUGGGGGGACUGCUGGCGGACUGCUGGCUCGGCCGUCGCAAAACAAUUCAGGUCGGAUUUCUAAUCUACGUACUGGGACUUAGUAUCGUCACUGCUACAGCUUUCACGCAGCGAAUUUACGGCACCGGCGGCCUCCCCGGCUUCAUAGUUGGCAUGUUUCUCGUCGGCGCUGGCACAGGAACCGUGAAACCCAACAUAACAGUAUUCUUGAUUGAUCAGUAUCCCGAAGAGGAACCUGAAAUUGUUACUUUGAAGGAUGGGAAGUCAGCGAUGGUGAGCCGUGAACUUACAAUUCGGUUUAUAUGGAACGUCAAUUACUGGAUGAUCAACGUUGGAGGUUUGUGCGGCAUUAUAACAACUAACGUAGAGAGGUAUGCCUAUGCUGGCUUUGGGUUUGCCUUUCUUAUUUGCCUUUGCUUGAUUGCCGCAUCUGCAACGAUCUUCCAAGUCGGAUAUACGAAAUUUGUAACGAUACCACCGUCUGGAAACGCCGUCGCAGAUACGUUUGGCGCAUUGCGUCGCCGCCGAAACCCAACCCAUCCCAGGCAAGGUCAGACUGAAGUUGCAAUACAAUUGUCUGCUGAAGAAGACGGCUCUGCACCUCCAAGUAGAGAUGAGGCCAUAAUAGCUGAUGCAAAGACCGCCGCCCGAGCUUGUUUAGUCUUCCUUCCUUUCCCAGCUCUGAUGCUCUCCAUCAAUCUCAUGGAUAGUACCCUUAUAGCGCAAGCAGGCACCAUGCAGACUCACGGCCUCCCGAACGACAUCAUGUACAAUUUGAAUCCGAUCUCCGUCAUGGUCUUCUUGCCCUUUUUUCAAAGCUGGAUUUAUCCCACGCUCGCCAAAAAGAAAAUCAACUUCUCGCCAGAGCACAAGAUUGGUGUGGGCCUCUUCUGUGCCACGCUUUCGAUCGCAUAUGCCACAGGGAUCCAACACCUCAUAUACACAACUGGUCCAUGUUUCAACCAUCCAUUGAAGUGCCUUGCUGGAAACAUACCUAACGACCUCUCCGUCGGACUUCAAACGCCGACUUACGUAUUUCUCGCGUGGGCAGAAAUCCUUGCGAUCGUGUCCGGUACUGAACUUGCUUAUUCUCGGGCCCCAGCAAGUAUGAAGUCAAUCGUUCAGGCUCUUUUCAACUUUUUCAGUGCCUUGGGUUCGGUUUUCGGUGUCGGUGUGUCGUUUGCCGCCUAUGAUCCCAACAUGGUCAUUGUAUAUGGAUCGAUCACUGGGUUUCUACUGUUCUCCACUUUUGGUUUCGAACUUGCUUAUCUGAUCAGAGGCAAGGCCUCGGGUUGAACCAGAAAAUUCGUGGUCCCAAGGAUGUAUCGCAAACAAUUCUGGCAUCAUAACAUGAUGGAAAAUUUUGGAAGAACAAGAGUCAAAAGAUUGUAGGGAAUAUGAAUGCACUGGAAAAGAGAAUAGAUACGGCCAAUUGAUAUUAUGUUGCUUGAGUAAUCACAU